AUGCCGUAUGUGCCGCCACAUCUAAGGAGCUCCUCAUCUCAAUCGUCUUCUUCGUCUUCUCAAUCUACAACUGGAAACACUAAACCUUCUACAGAAACCCUAGAUUCUUCUUCUGAUCAGCAACAACAACAUAAAACAUGGAAUUCCAGCAAUAACAACAAUAACUCCUCAUCUUCUUCAUUCAAUGGCGCUCGUCGAACAACAUCUUCUUCUUCUUCGUCGAAUCUGCCUGUGUCUAAAACUAUGGUUGUUCCUGAAGCGGUGUUUCAUCAAUGGAAACCAUCAGAACGUGUUUCUCGUCUUCUACCUGAACAGAUUGAAGAGGUUCGCUUACGUCUGAAUGUUGAUGUUACUGCUGCGCCAGAUUCCGCUCCUGCACCUGCGCCAAUUGAAUCAUUUACAGACAUGUGUUUGCAUGAAAGUAUCAUGAAAGAUAUAGCAUUUCACGAGUACACUAGACCAACCUCUAUUCAGGCCCAAGCUAUGCCAAUUGCUCUUCAGGGAAGGGAUCUUUUGGGUUGUGCCGAGACGGGGAGUGGGAAAACUGCUGCUUUUGCUAUUCCAAUGAUCCAGCAUUGCUUAGCCCAGCCUUCUGUUCGGCGAGGUGAUGGUCCUCUUGCAUUAGUGUUGGCACCUACCAGAGAACUUGCCCAACAGAUUGAGAAAGAGGUUAAGGCCUUUAGUAGAUCUAUGGAGUCUUUUAGAACUGCUAUUGUUGUGGGCGGAACAAAUAUGGCAGAACAGAGGUCUGAGUUGCGGGCAGGAGUAAAUAUUGUGGUUGCCACACCUGGAAGAUUUAUCGACCAUUUGCAACAGGGGAACACCUGUCUCUCUAGGAUCUCAUUCGUUGUUUUGGAUGAGGCUGACAGAAUGCUGGACAUGGGGUUCGAGCCGCAGAUAAGAGAGGUGAUGCGGAAUCUUCCCGUAAAGCACCAAACAUUGCUGUUUAGUGCAACUAUGCCAGUUGAAAUUGAAGCCCUUGCACAGGAGUACCUCACUGACCCAGUGCAAGUAAAGGUUGGAAAAGUAAGUAGCCCUACAGCAAAUGUGUCUCAAAUGCUGCAGAAGGUUCCGGAGAAUGAGAAGGUCGAUCAGCUUCUGUCUUUGCUUGUGGAAGAGGCGGCUCAGGCUGAUAGAUCUGGUCAUCCACUCCCGUUAACAAUUGUUUUUGUUGAAAGGAAGACUAGGUGUGAUGAAGUUGCAGAAGCCCUGAUAGCGCAAGGUCUGCACGCUGUUGCUCUUCAUGGUGGCCGUAGCCAAAGUGAAAGAGAAGCUGCUCUACGCAAUUUUCGAAAUGGUUCUACUAAUAUUCUGGUCGCCACAGAUGUUGCAUCUCGUGGUUUAGAUGUCACAGGAGUUGCUCAUGUUAUCAACCUUGAUCUUCCCAAGACGAUGGAGGAUUAUGUGCACCGGAUUGGAAGAACAGGGCGUGCAGGAUCGACUGGACAGGCUACUUCAUUUUACACAGAUCGUGACAUGUUCCUCGUGGCCCAUAUUAAGAAAGCUAUUUCAGAUGCAGAAUCUGGGAACUCGUUUGCAUUUGCAACUGGCAAGGUUGCAAGGCGGAAAGAAAAAGAGGCAGCAGCUGCACAGAAAGAAGCGAGGGUUGCAUUAUCAAAAAUUUCCGUGACAGGUCCAACCUCAGUAAAUGUAGAGGAUAAGUACAAGUACAUGCUUGCGCCUCCUUCAAGUACAAGGAAAGAGGGUGCCGCUGAUGAUGCUUGGGAUGACUAAUGAAGAAAGCUUCCCCAUUCUGUACAACAUAUCAAUCUGACUUAGGUAGCCAUUAGCACCAGAGGAAUUAAGUUGGCCCUCUUUCGAGACUGUUAAAUGAGUCUAUUAUCUGUGGACCUGUGGUGGGUGUCCAAGUCGCAACCAAAUUUGUAAAAGAAGUCAUUUAAGCUUCUAUUUGGAAGCAAGAAAAUCAUUACAAAAAUCAAUAUUUUUAAUUUUGGUCACCCCAUGAUUAGAGAAAUAUAUCCUGAUGAGUUAGUUCA